CCGUGAGGAGCAGAAUGGAGGCACCCCGUCACCUACAGCUCACUCUGCAAAGCACGGUGCAGUGGCAGUGGCAGAAGCAGAAGCAGCGGAAGGUCCACUCUCUGCUGACCAUUCCGGGCAGGCCCCCGGGCGCAGUCCGGGGCGCAGGCCUCUCGCAUCCCGGCCACUUACCCGUCCUUCCUCGGCCACCCGGCUCAGGCAGUGGGAAACCGAUACGCCAGCCAGCCGUCAAAUGGGCUUCACUGCCUCAAUCUUUAAUGAAGCCUCCCAGCUAACCUAUCAGAACCGUCCUGCCUACCUGAUUCUAGCAGGUUCUGGGGGCUGUGGAGAAGCAGCCAGACCCCUCUGGGGCCAGCCCACGGGCCAUGGUGACACCAGGUGUCUGCCAGAAGACCCCUCCCCCCCCCCCGGCUCUCCUCUUGUCCCUUGCAGGCAGUGGGACGGGACAGUUUGGGCACGGAGCCAGAAAGCAACGGGUGAGCGGCCAAAGGCAGAAGCCCAGGCACUGUUUGCGUAGACCACCUGCUCUCCCCAGGCUCCCUGGGCGUCCCUGCUGCUGUUCCUCACUCUUCCUUCCUUGCCGUCACGUCUGCUUCCUCCCAACCAGUCCCUGCCACUCCUGCUUUCUUUCCCAGCCGGAUCGGCUCCAAGGAGCUCAGUCCUUCGACCUGCCAGCAGGCACGCCUCUCUCCCACUGCCCUGGGACCCCUUCCUACUGCCACACCUGUGGGCAUAGUGGCUGUUCCUUCUGCCAGGAACACUUGCCUGCACUUUCCGGGACCCACAGAGCCCAGGGAACGCGCCCACUGCCGAUACCAGUUCCUCCACUGUUUACUCCACUGGACUGUGAGCCUGAGAGCAAAUCCCACGCCUGUACCUUCUUGUCCCCAAGCACCCUGCGCAGGGCCUGGUGGGAAGCGCGCAGGGAACGUCUGUGUGGCCAGCCCAAACCUGGCGUCACACUCUCCUUCGGAAACGGGUCAGCCCCUCUCAGUAGAGCAAUGCUAAUCUCCCCAGUCCCACCAGGCUUAACGCUCUGCCCUCUACCGGUCUCCAGGGAAUGCCAGCCCUGGGGGGAAACUGCCCCUCAGCUCUGCCUCCCUGCGCUGUCUAGGCCUCAGCCUCGCGCUCUCCUGAGUGGGGGUCUCCGGCCCAGGCUCGCCCCCAGGAGCCAUGUUUGCAGAUGGAACAGCAGGAAGCCCUUCCGUGCCAUCCCUGAGCCAGGAAGCCUGCAGGUCCCACCAGUUCCCGUGGGAAAUCCUCACUUUCGGACCCGAGGCCUCCUACGCUCUAACCUGCCGGCAGCCCCAGCCGCCGCCUCCAGCACCCUCUUUCGCUAGCCGGUGACUUACCUGGGCUGGGCCCACCUGCCUUUCCCUCUUCCCUCUUUGUUUCCCUGGGCGGCAAAUGCAAAUACGCAAACACACAAAUCUAUAGGGAGACACUGGACUUCAAGCAAUGUGGCACACGCUGCCUAGGAGGGUCCCCUGAAGGCCGGCCCAUCGUCUCCCCCCUCCGUUCCUCCCCGAUGCAGGGCUCACACGGUCCCGUCUGUCCAGAUCCUUCCGCAAGCCACUGACAUCCGUUCUGUGGGUCUUUGGGACCUUGGGCUGGCCGGUCACAGUCCCUCUUUGGGACUGCAUUUCCCUGCCUGUGGGGCUGCACUGGGGAGGUGGCAUCACAGUGCGGACAGCGUGUGUCCCUGCCCGGACCCCUGCCCGGAGCGUGUGGACUAGAGGCACUGGCAGGUGAAUGCGGCCCCGGCUCUGUCACUUAUCCCUGGCCGUGGGCACGUUACGGCAACUGUUUUCUUAUCUGAAAAAUAAUAAAAGGCACCCACCACUUGUCUUGGAGCGUGGGGGUCAAAAACUCGUUUGCGUCAGCCUAGACUCUUGAUACGGUGCGGCCCACCGAAGCGGUUUCCUUUCCGUCUUAGGUAGUCCCCAGUGAGUAACAUUUUUGUGUCCGUGAAAUUCUCACAAUGCAUCCCAGAGGUGGUGGUGUUAUCAUUACCCAUCUGGCCAGGGACGCCCAGACACAUCCAAAACCUGCCUACAUCACAUGAGCGAGGGACAGAGUCAGAACCGGGACCGGGACCAGGACCAACACCGGGACCGCAGCUUCCACCCCCACGCUGCCCCGCUCUCCCCUCUACAACGGUCACACCGCGCAGGCUGCCCGGAGCAGAGGCCGCCAGGGACAGGCUCUCUCCUUCGCAUUUAGUCAAAAAGCCAGCUCACGGCCUGCUGCCAGCAACGGGCCACUUCUACGCAAAAAGCAGUGUGUGUUAGGGGCGCCUGGGUGGCUCAGGUCACGAUCUCACCAUUCGUGAGAUCGAGCCCUGCGUCAGGCUCUGUGCUGGCAGUGUGGAGCCCAGA